CUUCCAGCAAGGAUCCAGCCGUUCGUUUGAGUUGACGCAGUGACUCCGGGUCCACGGGUCCACGACGCCGCCCUCGCCAGUCCCGCCGCCCCGCCAUGGACCGCGACGCGCUCCGCAUGGUCUGCUCGCCCCAGUUCUGGCGCAUGGGCGUCCUGUGGACCCUCUCCCUCCUCUACUCCUACCUCCUCCUCUUCCUCCGUGGCUGGACCGCCGCCCCUCGCCGCCGGGAAGAUGUAGGUCGCGGCCGCCGCCCCAUCUGCGUGGUCACCGGGGCGACCUCGGGGCUCGGCCGGGCGGCGGCGGCGGCGCUGGCGAGGGAGGGAUACAGCGUCGUGCUCGCCGGACGUUCUGCGCAAUUGCUGAGUGAGACCGCUAAAGAAAUUCGUAGGCAACAGCCAGAUGCCUGUCUUGAAGCCUUUCAAGUGGACUUGUCAUCCUACAGGUCAAUUAAGAAGUUUGAAGCUUCGCUCAAUCAGUGGAUUCGGGAUUCGAAUCUGGAGCCUUCCAUUCAGCUUUUGAUCAAUAAUGCUGGGAUGCUUGCAAAAUCACAUAGAGUUACCGAGGAUGGGAUUGAUGAAGUGAUGCAGACAAACUACAUUGGUCCAUUUAUCCUGACCAGCAUUCUUCUACCACUGCUGAAGAACAGCCCGGUACCUUCCCGGGUGGUUAAUCUAACAUCUUUCACACACAGAUGUGUGUCAGAAAUUGACGUGUCCGAGGAGGCACUGCAAGGAGUGAAGUUUGGUCAGCAUUCAGUUGGGGGAAGUUACCCCUUAGCUAGUACUUACGAGUAUACUAAAUUUUGUUUACUUGUGUUCUCAUAUGAACUUCAUCGACAACUUCACAUCUCUUCUGGUAUCUCUGUCAUGGCCGCGGAUCCAGGUGUGAUAGAAACACGCAUCAUGCGGGAGCUCCCUCCAUGCCUUUUUCAGUUCGCGUUCUUUAUUCUACGCACCCUGAACCUCCUACAGCAGCCAGAUACGGGGAUUGGUGCUGUCCUUGACGCAGCCUUGGCACCGCCUGUAGCCUUCCUGUCAAAACCCUCUCAAAGCUUCUGCUAUUUUGAUGCAAGAAAAAUGAUGUAUCGACAUUCAGUACCAGCUCUGAGUUUUAGUUGCUGUAUCGCAGGAAGCAUCUGGGAAGUAUUUUUUUGGAGGGAAGGGAAGAACCAUCAGGUCUUCUGUGCUGUCCUAUGACAUAGAGGUGGCCAAGAAGCUGUGGGCAGCAUCUUCAGCACUGCUCCAGGAACUGCGGCUUAGAGACUGUGAACUGAGGACUGGUUGAACCAGCUUGUAAAUUUGACAUGGUUAGAGCAUCUCUAGCCGUCCCUUCGGGGACAUCCGAUAAAAUUGGAAUGAUACAGAGCGCAUCUCUAGCAGACCCCCCAAGUCGCACUUGAGGAAUUUAUUUUAUUUUUGGUUUUGAGGAAUUAA